AUGACAGCGUUGCCGCGCCAGAGCAUUGCCAUAGCGGAACCAUCGGCCUUAGCACAACUAUAUCUGUCCUCCAAGGCCGAUGUCCUUCUUGGCCCAAGACUGCGACCUGAUCCAGCCCGUUGCACCAGUUCUACUCCUACCUCGGCUGGAUAUGUUGUAUUCAAUGGUAGUACCGGGGGAGAGAAUUGUGUUGAGCGAGUCGGCCCAGCGAUAAAUACUAAACGACGAAGCGGCCUUGACAGGGCAGACUCCUUCGUGACGGGAAUCUGGAAGUCGGAGGAGCAUGUCCUCUUCACCAUGUCUUUUGGAGGGUCCUUCAGGAGGGUAAGAACCUGUACCAAGGGUCAACCAGGUAUCUUGAGACGGACAGCAGCUGGAGAUCCUAUUUCCCAGAGGAUAGCCACAUGUCCAGGCCUUCGAAAAUAUUUACACAGAAUGGAAAAGUUCAGCUGUGCACCGCGCCCAGGAGACCUUGACAGAGUUCCAAGGAAGGCUCUAAUUCCGAAGCUGUCCAAGACUUGAACAAAUAGCUGAGACGUCGCCUAGGAAAACAUUACCAAGCCCGGAAUGCUGGGAACAAUUAGAGAAUAGACAAAGAGGGAGCAUCUAUUCAUGGCGUCAUUUGUAGCGGGUCUGCCUUAAUAGAGACCAGUUCAUCAGGAUCCG